AUGAUCUUCUCUGGUACAUCGACACAUUGUAUCACUUUCGAAGUCGCUGAGCUAUCAGUCGAAUCGAAGGCAGCUGCAAAAUCGAUAAUGCAAUUGACGGUGGGUUGUUGGUAUUUGAAGCCAUAUUCCAAAAUCUUUCUUAGCGUAAAUAUUUGGUCAGCACAAUCGCAUCCUGGUCUGAAUCCAGCUUGUAACCUUCAUCAUAUUUGUCAUUGCGAAUGGUCUCCUGUGAAUGAUCGUAUAUGCGCGAUUAGUUCGAAAAGCAGUUUUUCAGCUUUCGAUCCAGAAACAUCUCUGGACGAUCGUUGUUUGAUUUCUGUUAAAGGAUUUUCAUAUUUUAACUGGAAUCGCUACAACUAUUUAAUUGGCUUGUCAGGUGAAAAUGGAACAUGUAUUAUGGAUAUGAGAAGAUUUGAUGAACGGCAGUUUCUUGAUUGUACACCAAGUACAUCCGUACAGUGGGUGGUUGAUAGUGACCAUCUAAUAUUUUCCGCUAGCAACACCAAUGAACUAUACCUUUUUGAUACCAGGAAUGGGCAUCGAUUUAAACAUCUAAAUAUUCAAUUGAAAUCAAAAGUAUUGUGUAUUCGUUGUUCCAAUGAUGGUUUGUUUGUUGCUUGUUUAUGUCAAAGAGAAUUGUGCAUAUAUAGAACGCAUAAUAUGCAGCUUUAUUCACGUAUAAAACUUGGUCCAAAAACCAGAGAUUUCGAUGUUGUAAAAUUUGAUUUAUAUUCUGAAAAUGGCGACCUUCGUUUAUUUCUACCACAUGGAAAAAAAAUUGAAAUUAUCAGCUUAUUGGGUGAUGAAGGAUAUUUUGUGCGAGAUUGGGAAACCGAUUCUGAUUGUAAUUUUGUUAUCUACAAUAGCGAUAAUAACCAUAUAUUUGCACUGGGAUCAGAAAUUUCACAAUGGAUACCGAAGACUGAUUAUCCAUGCAACGAAAUGACAAAAUAUUCAUUUCUUGAACUUGAUUCAUGGAGUGAUAAUGAUACUUAA